UCCAUAAUGAACAAUAUCAUCUAUCAUUUACCUCAGCGAUGCUCUUUUACGACCUUUCCCAACUCCCCCUCACCAACCUGAAGCAUCUCCACCUAGGCGAGACCAACCUAUGCUGGUGCCGGCCCAGCGCCGCCAGCGACUACGACUACCUCUGGAUCGUCGCGAUGCUGCACAUCAUCAACGGAAACAGCACCUGCGCCUCACUCGCGCGUCUCACGAUCAGCGUCGACCCGAACAUCGCGAAGCCGCCCGCGCCCACCGCAGGUGAAGACGGGAUCCUCAGCGUGCCCGGCCUCGGCCGCCUCCCGUGGCAUCUCAUCGACCGCAACCUGGCAGCGUUGCUCGAGAAAUUGCCCGCGCUCGAGGUGGUGUUCCUCGUCAGAGCGCCGAAUGAACUUGAAGAGGACGUGGCGCUCGCACAUUUCGUGCAGCAUUUAAUAGCCUCCCGGCUGCCGAGGUCGAGAGCCAAGAGCGGCAAAUGUACCAUUCGCCAUUCGAUGGAUGGGAGCAAUACGGUGCAGUACACUAUCUGCCCGGCGUUUGGCGAUGCGGAAGCGACAGGGCCUUCUUUGUUCUGAGAUAUUUAUCGGUCAAAUCGUUUCCUAUUUCCUUCUUCUAUCGAUCUUUGUCUCGCCAGCGUCGGUUUGUAGCCUUUUCGUUGGUAUCAGACUCGCGCUGCAGGAGCCUUUUCAGCGUAGUUCGAAUAUUCGAGCCGACAUGUGUCCAUAAUUCAUUGCGAAUACUUCCAUGUUCACACGAAUAACAAACUACAGCUCACAGUUCGAACAAGUACACCUGGCAUGAGGUGCACUUCGGGAGGGUUCGAAAUUUAUGCAGAACACCCUCCCACCUCGACGUGAAAACAUGGUGAUUAAUCAAGCAAGAGCCAUUGAACAUCGUUUGUAACUCACGACUGAGCACAGAGCAAAC